ACUCGGAGAGGGCAGAGGCCGGCGAGGAGCAGCCGCGGCCGGGAGGAUGAAGCAGUGCCUGUGCCAGAUUUGUACCUGCGGGCGCCACCGUUGUCCUCACAAUCCCACACGGAUUUAUGACUACGGAGGGGAGUCCUGCCACAUGACGGAAUAUGUAGACAAAUACCCUGCGUACGGCAAUCUCCCUCUGGCCCAAAGCCUCAAGCCCAAGCAGGAAUUCCAAAAGCAUGGCGGGAAAAUGGAAGGAAUCACAACUUUCAGGUCUGACUACCUUCCAUAUGAUGUGGCAAAUCGGCCUGUCCGGGUGCAAGAAGAAUACAAACCAGCACCCGGAGAUAUUGACCUGGGAACAACUUACCGGAGAGAUUAUAAUCCUCACAAAAUACAACCAGUGAUAUUAGUAAGACCAUUAGAGAGGAAGCACAUCAAAGGAGGAAAGCUAAAUACGAUACCCACAUACCAAGCUGACUAUAGAGCCUGGGAAAUUCAAAGAAGGGAACCUCAUAAAACAGACACCUACCAUCCCCCCACCGGGAAGUUUGGGAACAGCACUACAUUUCAAGAUGAUUUUCCCCCCAAGGAAAUGACUCCCCGAAAAAGUUUUAAACCUAUCGCGAUGACCAAGAUUUCUAACCAACCUUUCAAUAGUGUCACAAGCCAUCGCAGUGAUUACGUGGCUCACCAGCUGGAACCAAAAUGGGUGAGAUCAAAAGAAGAGUAUAAACCAAACAGCCAACCCUUCGAAGACGUCACAACCCACCGGUGUGACUUUAGAGGGCUUUUGGGCGAGCUUCCGAAGAGCUUCAAGCCUGAAUACACUAAAAUAGAAUCAAAGGCUCAUUUUAAUGGAAUGACGGAAUUCCGUGAUAGUUUUCCGCCAUGGGCAGUUUCCUUACCUGAAGUCCACAAAGCAAAAGAAUAUGUUCCACCCACAGGUGAUAUGGACCUGAAUACUACAUCCCAUCUUGAUUACGUUGAACAUGAAGUCAAUCCAAUUGUCCUCAUGAGACCAUUAGAAACUAGCAGGAAGAGUAACGCUCCCUUCCAAGGGAACACAACCAUGAGGGAUGACUUUCAAGCUUGGGAUACCAAUCGGCAAGAUAUGAUCAAGAGGCCCCAGGAAAUGCCAAAGCCUUCUGGGAAAUUUGAUGAUAUGACCACUUUCAGAGCUCACUACAUACCACACAGUAUAGUUCCAACUCAAAGCUGCAAACCUUUAAAGAUGGCAUUGUCUAGUUCAGCACCUUUUGAAGAGGGAACCAUGUACCGUACAGAAUAUACUCCAAAGAUGCAGGUCAUCUGCCCAGCAACCUAUCCGUCUCCUCCAGGAUACGUUUUUGUAAGCACCGAUUCUCGUGGCCACAAGUUCUUCCGCAAAGCUACACCAGAUACCAAUAAGAUUGCUCACGCAAAUGGUAAUCAUGUUCCAAAGGAAAUAGCAGUUGUAUCGUAACUCAUAAUUACAGCAGUUUGCAUAUUCUUGUAUAAGUAUGUUGAUGACUAUCAUGCAAUGGGAAAACUGUUAAAGCAACUAAACAAUCAAAAAUAAGCACACUAACAGGUUUUUUUUUAAAAAAUUACAUUUUUAAGAGAUUGGUGAAGAUUCAAUUAUUAGUAAAAUAUGUGUCAGUAUCUCUCUGGAAUCUCUUUUCUUCAACUGCAUCUUAGAACACCUUUCAAUAGGAUGCUUUCUUUCUUCAAUAGGAUGCACACCAUCUUAAAUCUACAGCAAACACAAUUCUCUCAUCCCACUUUCUCAAAAAUGUGUAGGAGCGGGGAGCUGAGGUAAUACAUACUUGGCACAUCGGUUUAAAUCCUUGGCAUUUCCAUUUAAAAUAUCUUACGUCGUGGAACUGGGAAAGACCUCUCCACCUAAGCACACAAAGUCACUUGUAGCAGUAAACAGAGAUGUCUUAGCUCCAUGCACCAAUGCUGUGACUUGAGAUAAAGUUAUAUCCUUAUAUAUAUUUUUUUUAAAAAAGAGCAGCAACAUGAUGAUGAUGAUGAUGGUAUUCAAUUUAUAUUCUGCCUUCGGGACAACUUAACACCCACUCAGAGCAUUUUACAAAGCGUAUUAUUAUUAUCCUUCCAACAAUCACCUGGUGAAGUGGGUGGGGCUGAAAGAGCUGUGACUGACCCAAGGUCACCUAGCUGGCUUCAAGAAGAGGAGUGAGGAAUCAAACUUGGUUCUACAGAUUAGAGUCCCGCUGCUCUUAACCACUACACCAAACUAUUGUACUAAUUGAAAUAUCAGGGUGGUCUCUAAACUGACAUACCUUCCCCCCACCAAAUAUUUCAAGAUGCUCUCAGCCCUCUGGAAUCACAUUCAUCUCACACAUUAACAAGUCAUUCACGUGUUGCCUAAGCGGUCCCAGCUCACCGCAACAAAGGAUGGGCCGGGAUUGUUUGGUGCAUAGGCCGUACAGAAAUCCAUGAUUCACAUCCCACUGAAAACGAUAGAAUUGUACAUAUGAAUCUGCCUUAUACUGAAUCAGACCAUGUGUCUAUCAAGGUCAGUCAGACUGGCAACAGCUCUCCAGGGUUUCAGGCAGAGGUCUUUUACAUCACAUCAUCUAGUCAUUUUAGCUGGAGAUGCCAAGGAUUGAACCUGGGAACUUCUGCAUGCCAAGCAGAUGCUCUGCCAUUGAGCCACAGCCCCCUUUAAAACUGGUGGUGGCUAAAUUGUUGCCUUGGUUUUAGAGUAGGACUCAAUCAUAGCAAUUUUAUCUAGAUUGGGGCCUGGGGGUUUAACAGGACACUUUGUUUUGGAUUGUCCAUUUCACUUAGGGGGGAAAUGAUUCAAUAUUGAAUUGCAUUUGGAUAUUCAGAAUAUGAUUGUAGCUUUGGUUUGUUUGUGUAAUUAACUCAUGGGCUUGGUUAAGGCCUGUGAAACAGAGCGAGAACUGGCACCGCUUUUUGCUUUUCAUCAUUUUCAUCUGAUCCGAGCAGUGCGUUAUCUUAUAUUCGUUCUUUCAGGGAAAGCCAUUGUAUAACUGAAGUCUCAUGUAAUCCUAUGUACUGUAUUCCAAAUCACCAAAUUCAGAGUCCGAGAUCAGGCACUGAAUGGCAUUAAAGAAAGCACAAAAUAUAUCAUUAAGGGUAAAAAAGAAAAAGAAGAGGGCUUCUGUUCAUAUUAUUCCCAUUGGUAUCCUUGGUACUCUCGCAGCACAAACUGAGGUUGGAGCCUGUUUGUUCUCUUCUUUGUCCUAUGUAAAUUUAAUCUUCUGGAACUGGGGAAAAUUCAAUUAAAAGAUGAUAUUAUUUA